AUGGACUAUGACAAAGUGAAACGUGCAGUUCUACAAAAAUUUGAGAUCAGCACCGAAACCUAUCGGCUGAGAUUUCGUUCAUCCGAGUGGGCAGAAGAGGAGUCACCGCAAGAGCUACAGGUCCGUCUGAAGGAGCUCUACAACAAGUGGAUGGACCCAAAGACAAAGACCAAGGACCAAAUAGGAGACACCAUCGUCCUAGAGCAGUUCCUUAGAAUUCUCAAUCCGGAGCUGCGCACGUGGAUCAAGGAACGGGAUCCAAAGAGCUCUAAGGAGGCUGCGGAGAUGGCUGAAGCUUUCCUCUCAGCCAGACGUCCGUCUAAGAGUUGUCUUCCACUAAAGUCCCGCCCACCCACCCAAAUGGGUGAUGUGAUCCCAAAAGAAACAAGUCCAUUCAUAAACUGUGACGUGGGGAAGAGCCAGCAGUAUGACGGCAAGAACAUGGCUUUGUUUGAAGAGGAAAUGGAUACCAGUCCCAUGGUGUCGUCACUCCUCUCCAGCCUCGCCAACUACUCCAACUUACCCACAGGAAGCAAGGAGCACGAGGAGGCUGAGAACAACGAGGAAACUGCACGGGCCACAAAACAGCCAGUGAAGGCGCCACAGUUGGGGACACUGAUGGGCGUGUAUCUGCCCUGCAUCCAGAACAUUUUUGGGGUAAUCUUGUUCCUGCGGAUGACGUGGAUGGUGGGGAUUGGCGGCGUCUUGGGCUCUUUUAUCAUUGUCUUCAUGUGCUGCUCCACGACCAUGCUUACAGCUAUCUCCAUGAGCGCAAUUGCCACUAAUGGAGUUGUCCCAGCUGGAGGCUCCUAUUACAUGAUAUCUCGCUCUCUUGGCCCGGAGUUUGGAGGAGCUGUCGGGAUCUGCUUUUAUCUGGGUACUACGUUCGCAGGAGCCAUGUACAUUCUGGGAUGUAUAGAAAUAUUGCUGAUUUACAUAGUUCCUCAAGCUGCCAUCUUUAAGCUGGAAGGUCUGGAGGGCGCGGAGGCCGAGCUAGCUCUCCUCAACAACAUGCGAGUCUACGGCACCAUCGUCCUGAGCUUCAUGGCUCUGGUGGUUUUUGUGGGAGUGAAAUACGUAAAUAAACUGGCCCUGGUCUUCCUCGCCUGCGUGAUCCUGUCCAUUGUGGCUGUCUACGCAGGAGUCAUCAACACAGCCAUCGAACCGCCACUCUUUCCUGUGUGUCUUCUGGGAAACCGCACGCUUCUCUCCAAGAGUUAUGACGUGUGCGCAAAGGUCAUUGAAAUAGAGAAUGAGACGAUCACCACCAAACUGUGGCUGUCCUUCUGUGAUUCUGACUCUCUGAACGCCACCUGUGACGAGUAUUUCACCAACAACAAUGUGACAGAAAUCCAAGGAAUCCCAGGAGUGACCAGUGGCAUCCUGUCAGAAAACCUUUUUAGUGAGUAUCUUGAAAAGGGAAUGAUGUUGGAGAAGAAAGAUGUUUUGUCUGAACCGGACACAGUUGGCCCCGCCACCACCCCCUCUGGGCGCUACGUGCUCGCAGACAUCACCAGCUUUUUUACACUCUUAGUGGGUAUAUACUUCCCAUCUGUAACAGGCAUCAUGGCAGGCUCAAAUCGGUCAGGAGACUUGAAAGACGCUCAGAAAUCUAUCCCUAUCGGCACCAUUGCAGCCAUCUCCACCACAUCCAUAGUGUAUAUGUCUUGUGUGGUGCUGUUUGGAGCUUGUAUUGAGGGUGUGGUCCUGCGAGACAAGUUUGGUGAAGGGGUGAAUGGAAACCUGGUCAUUGGGACUCUGGCGUGGCCGUCCCCGUGGGUGAUCGUGUUUGGUUCGUUCUUUUCCACUUGUGGAGCUGGUCUGCAGAGUUUGACAGGAGCUCCACGCCUCCUACAGGCCAUUUCUCGAGACGGCAUCAUUCCUUUUCUCAGAGUAUUUGGACAUGGAAAAGCCAACGGAGAGCCAACCUGGGCACUACUACUGACUGCCAGCAUUUGCGAGAUUGGCAUCCUCAUCGCCUCUCUGGAUGCCGUUGCUCCCAUCCUCUCCAUGUUUUUCUUGAUGUGCUAUAUGUUUGUGAAUCUGGCCUGUGCUCUACAAACCUUACUGAGAACUCCAAACUGGAGGCCGCGCUUCAAGUUUUAUCACUGGACUCUUUCGUUCUUGGGAAUGAGCCUCUGUUUGUCUCUCAUGUUCAUGUGUUCCUGGUAUUACGCCAUUGUGGCCAUGGGCAUCGCCACCUGCAUCUACAAAUACAUAGAAUUCUGUGGAGCUGAGAAGGAGUGGGGUGACGGCAUACGUGGCAUAUCAUUGAGUGCUGCUCGUUUUGCUCUGAUGAGGCUUGAGGAAGGUCCACCUCACACCAAGAACUGGAGGCCUCAGCUCUUGGUCUUGGUUAAUGUGGACUCAGAGCAGAACGUGGAGCACCCUCGCCUCCUCUCUCUGACCAAUCAGCUCAAAGCGGGAAAAGGGCUCACCAUCGUCGGUACUUCGGUCCAAGGCACAUUCCUGGACAACUACACAGAGGCCCAGGGAGCAGAGCAGGCCUUGAGAAAGCUGAUGGAGGCAGAGAAGGUGAAAGGCUUCUCUCAGGUGGUGGUCUCCUCCAGUCUGAGAGAUGGGACGUCCCACCUGAUCCAAGUGGGGGGGCUCGGAGGCCUGAAACACAACACAGUGAUGGUCAGCUGGCCUCAGUAUUGGAAACAGCCUCAAUACAACCAGCAAUUCAGAAACUUUAUUGAGGUGGUCAGAGAAACUACUAUCUCCAGCCUGGCUCUGUUGGUCCCUAAAAACAUCUCCAGUUAUCCCUCGAAUGGAGAGAGGUUCACUGAGGGCCACAUCGACGUGUGGUGGGUGGUCCAUGACGGGGGGAUGCUGAUGCUGCUGCCGUUUUUACUCAGACAACACAAGGUGUGGAGGAAGUGCAAAAUCCGCAUUUUCACUGUUGCUCAAAUGGACGAUAACAGCAUCCAGAUGAAGAAAGAUCUCAUCCUGUUUCUCUAUCACCUUCGCAUCGAUGCCUUGGUGGAAGUGGUGGAGAUGCUCGACAGCGACAUCUCGGCCUACACUUACGAGAAGACACUGAUAAUGGAGCAGCGGACUCAAAUCUUGAAGAAAAUGCAACUGACAAAGACCGAGAAGGAGAGAGAGAUCCAGAGCAUCACGGACUCAUCGCGUGGAUCCAUUAGACGAAAAGGCGGAUCUGGUUUUCGAUCACAACGCUGUAUUGACGAACCCUCAACAGUCACAGAAGAGGCUGCAGCCGAUGGCAACAUGAAAAACAGCUGUACAGCGUCUCCACCUACAAGUCCCACUUCCCCCAGUUCACCAGCAGGGGGCACCUGGAGCGACGGCAAAGACCACUUUAGCAUGAGACCAGAGUGGGAACAUUUGAACCAGUCAGACGUGAGGCGCAUGCACACGGCUCUCAAACUGAAUGAGGUCAUUACCAAGAAGUCCAAAGAGGCCAAACUGGUGCUGCUCAACAUGCCAGGGCCCCCGAGGAACCGAGUGGGCGAAGAGAACUACAUGGAAUUCUUGGAGGUUCUCACCGAGGGCCUGAACCGGGUCCUGCUGGUUCGCGGUGGCGGCAGAGAGGUCAUAACCAUCUACUCUUAA